AUGAACCCUCCCGCCAACAGCAAGUUGCAGGCUUCUGCCGCUGCAAUCAAGUCGGCCACCACGCAAGUGCCCAAUCUCGACGCCUUGGGCGAUUCGGACAAGAUUGUCCACGCCAGGGCCGCAAGCGCCGACGACGUGACCCGCCAGCUCAACGAACACGCCUUCUCGUUCAGCAAGACCGGCGUCCCCGGGGUCCGUCGGUAUGACGGCGCCCAGCUCGCAUCAAACGCCCUGUGCGAAGACAAGUUCGUGCACGGCAAGUUCUCGAAUCCCUUUGCGGCCCGGGACGGGAAACAGUCCGACAGCUGGAUGGCGUGGGGUGUGUUCGACGGGCACGUCGGCUGGCAGAUGGCCGAUCUCCUCACCAGGCACCUGGUUCCUUAUGUGCGCCGUGGCCUUCAAGGUAUUGCUGGCAAGGGUGCGGAGCCCGGUGAUGAGGCAAUUGACGCAGCAAUCAAAUCGGGAUUCGUAGAGCUCGAUGACAAGCUGGUCAAGACGGCCGAAGCCACCAUGGCAAGCGAUGCUUCGCUGCCAGAAAAGCUGAGCCGCCUCGAGCCCAGCUAUGCGGGCUCUUGCUCUCUACUGACGUUGUACGACCCCGUCACGAGGAAACUCCGCGUGGCAUGUACCGGUGAUAGCCGUGCUGUCCUAGGCCGCCAGACAGCUGAUGGUCAGUGGGAGUGUGUCGAGCUCUCAGCGGACCAGACUGGAUCGAACACGGACGAGGUUGCCAGGCUGAACGCUCAAUUCCCUGGCGAGACCAACAUGAUCCAGGGCGGUCGGGUAUGGGGCAUCAUGGUGUCUCGGGCCUUUGGCGAUGGCAUGUGGAAGUGGCCGAUGGCCCUCAAGCAGAAGCUGCGGGACAACUACAACGCGACCACGGUGCCGUCCGGUGCCAAGGAGAAGGGAUACACGACUGGCCCUUACCUGACUGCGGAACCAGUGAUUACGACCACCGAGAUUGCCAAGUCGCAGCCGACUUUUGUGAUUGUGGCCAGCGACGGUCUCUGGGACAAGAUGUCGAGCCAGGAGGCAGUGAAUCUCGUUGGACAGUGGGUCAAGUGGCAAGCUGAUGGUGCCUCGAAGCCCAUCAAGCCCGACGUCCGGUAUGACGAGCCAGCAACGGUGGUGCAGGACAGCAAUGCUGCAGUGCACCUCAUGCGCAACGGUCUCGGUGGCGCGCGGGAAGAGCUCACUCGUGCCAUGUUGACAUCUCGGUACCCGAAUUCUCGCGAGAUCCGUGACGACAUCACAGUCCAGGUCGUCCUGUUUGACUAA